GACUCCUUUUUCAGUGCAUGCGUACAGCUUCGCCCACCUCAGCACGUACGCUCCAUGGCCGUAUCGCAACAAUGGCUUUGGGAAGCUCUCAGAAGUGGCAAAGAUGAUGUGGUCAUCUCUCGCCUCGUUCCCACGGAUUGGGAUUGGAACCAGGUUCAUCCUUCUUUGGGAACACCACUGAUGGCCAUUGUCCCUGAUGGCCUUCGCUUGAGUAGCAACAGCAGUAGGACGGCAACCAUUUGGAAGCUUAUACGCUUCUGCAUGGCGCAAGGCGCAGAUCCUCGCAAAGUCGCCCACCACUUGGAGAACUCUCGCAGCACCUGGGGAUCUGAAGGCACCGCCUAUCCCAAGUUGGAUGCCGUUGACAGAUCCGGGCAUAGUGCCUUGUCCUUGGUCUUCGCCUUCCGGCGCGCCUGCUGCAAGUUCGAAAAGGAGUACGCGGCACAAAUUGCCAAUGCAGAUCAAAUGCUGAGCGUGUUUGCGGAGUUCGUGCCAGAGGAGGACCCCAUGGUUCUGGUCCCAGAAGGAACAGUUGAGAUGUGGGAGCAGCUACUUCAGGACGAGAGGGGCGAUGUGGAGCUUGAGGUGAUGGACUGGGGCACCUUGAAAGCACACUCCUCUGUGCUGCGGACUGCCUCUCCGGUGCUGCGCGCCUUGCUCUCGACGCCCAUGAAGGAAGGCCUGUGUGGCCACAUCCAUGUGGAGGGUGUCUCAUUGGAUUCAGCUCAACUCUUCCUACGCCUCAUGUACACCGGCAGCCCCUCCAUGCGGCCAUCCAUGGGAGUGCUAUUGGGGGCCUUGGAUUUGGCGCAUCGCUGGCAAGUGCCACACAUCGUGGUCAUGGCAGAGAACUUGCUAGUGGAAAUGGUCACCAAGGAGACCUUGGGAGAGUUGUGUGACUUCGCGCUCUUGAAAGCAUUGCCGAAGCUCAUGAGGGCCUGCCGCAGCUAUGCCCUCAUGAAUCAUCAAGAAGUGGAAGGGGCUGUGAAUCAGGAAGACUUUCCGGUGCGAGCCAAGCGAGAGCUACGACACCUCCUCGGCCAUCCUGAGAAGCGCCGGCGCAGCGACCAGUGGUGUCGCUGAGGCAAAACAUCACUGGACUGUGAGAACUUGCCUCCUUCCGCAGAGGGGUCGUUCCGAAGACACUUCGUGCCGGGACCCAGCUGGACGCGGUUCUUCAAGCGCGUCGCUUGGAACUCGGACGUCGCUGGAAGCAGCGUCGCUUCCGGAAGAACUGGAAGCCAUGCAUGGCGACCAUCGCUGUGUCCGCCCAACAAGGGGCCAAUGAAGACAUGCGGA